GCAACUACUUGCGUAUGGAUGCAACAGAGAGUGAAAUAAUCGAAUAUGAAAGAUAUACGUAUAGAUGAUAACAUCUGUAUCGUGCAUAGACCAACCCCGUUCCCUAUAAUCUUCGUUACUAUCCAGCAAUUACGUUAUAAAACACUACUUGGAACAUCGAGGAAACUACAAAACGGACCCUUUACUGGGAAAUAAUAACUCGGGUUUUCCGGAUACUCUGCGUGUGAUAUGUAAUAGUCCUACACUGAAUGAUUAAUGAGAAUAAUUUAUUGAUCUUCGUUGGCCGCUGUUUUACGAACAUUUACAUCAGGGUAAAAGUUAUUUCGUUCGGUGUUCCAUGUUUCUAAAGAACAUUCAGUGAAAUGAGCAUGUUUAACGUGAACAUUCGUCAAGUACUGUACAUAGUGGAAUUGGCUGGAAUGUUCACGUGCACCUGGCCAAUUGAUCCGAAUAAUAAUAAGAAACAAAUCUUUUUUCGCAACAUCCGAUGGUCGUUUGCGAUAUUAAAUGUUAUUUUCCUAACGAUAUCCUUGGUGUUCGCUAUCUUUCACUUUCGACACGAUAUACCUAUUUUAAUGAAAACUGUCUCCGAAGUAACAGCUCUACUGGAGGUGCUCUUCGAUUUGAUUCUUUGUAGAAGGAAUAACGCUCAACUACAGGUUCUGAUAGGAAAAGUUAAAGCAUUCCUGGAAGUGGCCAGUGAACAUGAGACUAAGGCAAUAGAAAGAUACAUGGAUCGUUACAAGCAAUUUCUCUCGGUAACUGCAAUGGGAUAUAUCACAACCGCGAUCUCAUUUAGUUUGGCGCCUUUCUUCUCGGCCCAAGAAUUACCAGCAGAUGGAUGGCUUCCAUUUUCCACCGAAUCACUCGGAAUAUAUUGCAUGGUCUACGUUAACCAAGUUUACUGCAUUUUUCAAACGGCAUUCUGCAUUGGCGUUGAUUUCACGAUCGCUGUUUUGUUCAGUUUCUCCGCAGCCAGACUAGACAUACUAAGAAUGAAACUACGGCACGUGAAUAGUUCUGACAUACUGGUAAGCUGUAUCAAGGAACACCAAGAAAUAAUAGGAUUUGUGGAGGAUACUAAAGCUACUGUUGAGACUUUAUUAUUCAAAACGAACGCCACGAUGGGAAGCGCUGUGAUAUGCGGAGCUUUCCCUCUGAUUUACAAUCAAUCAUUGGCCGUAAUGAGUCAGUAUCUUUCUUUUGUGGUGUCUGGUUGUACCCGCCUGUACGUCAUCUCCUGGCCAGCGGACGAUUUAAAAGAAAGUAGUGUGCAGUUCGCAAAGUCGAUCACCGACGUUCAAUGGUUAGGAAAGCCAAAAGACAUGAAAAGCUCCAUGCUUAUUAUGAUGCAGAGAAGUCAAAAACCGCUACUCAUUAGAAUGAGUGGUUUACUACCGCCUCUUACCUUGGAAUAUUUCGCAAACUUUAUAACUACAGUAUCGUCCUACUUCAUGGCAAUGAGAUCAAUGAUUGAAUCGUAAUUUUCCUGAUACACGUUAUUUGAAUAUGUAAAUUACUGAAACAUGUAAUAAAUUUAUUGCGUUCGAAC